UUGUGAUUUGCCAGGUUGGUUUCGUUGUGUGGUGACAAAAUUGUAUGACUCUGAAGAAAAGGAAGCAGGAUUGGGAAAUUUCUGUUAAGUUUUUAAUUAUUUGAGCAAGUAAGGUUGAUACAUGUUCUACAGUUUUCAGCUUGACAAAAGAUGGGUCGUAUAUUUUUGGACCAUAUAGGUGGUUCUCGCCUAUUUUCAUGUGCAUCAUGUGACACAAUUUUGACAAACAGGAGUGAGUUAAUUAGCACAAGGUUUACGGGAGCAACAGGUCGAGCAUUUCUGUUCAACAGAGUGGUGAACUUAAAUUACAGUGAAGUUCAAGAUCGAGUAAUGCUGACUGGAAGACAUAUGGUUCGUGAUGUGUCAUGUAAAAAUUGUGAUGCAAAACUUGGUUGGAUUUAUGAGUUUGCAACAGAAGAGAACCAACGAUAUAAGGAAGGACGAGUGAUUCUGGAACGAGCUCUUGUCACAGAGAGUGAUGGUAUUGAUGAGCAUAUGGGUUUAGUACUGUCUGGAUAGGCAAGAAAUUACCUCGAGAUCCAUGGCCAGCUUCAUCUUCUGACCACACUGUAACAUAAUUUCCACUGCUGUCUUGAAUUCUUAAAUUAUUUGUCAAGUUGUCUUCAGUAAUUUGUCACAUUCAUGAAGAUGGCUGUCUUCUGGGUUGUUGCACUGUGUAGGCUGGUUGAAAUUUACUGACAGUUCAGCGGUGUUGCCCUGAUGAUGGAGACAGCAAGUACUCUGAAAUGUUGGUAAACAUCUACCAGACUACACAGUACAACAAUGACAGCCAUCUUUAUACUUGUUGCUGUGAGAACCUGAAAUUUCAGUACCAUAUUCAUGUUUGUAUCAGGUGUGGGUAAGGUCUAAUAUUCCCAGCUUUGUUGAAACAGAAUAUAUAAUGUAUGUUUCCUUCAACUUAAUCAGACACUACUGGAAGGUGGGUUUGUUUUACAUACAGAAACUAAGUCUGUCAAGAACAUUCAUUGUGUAGUAUAAUAUUUGAAAAAGUAGAACUGGUUUCUUACAGAAGGUUAGGUUAGGAGUGCUAAUUUGCUUGAUGAAAGAUGAAUCCAGCACAAGUGUUUUAAAUAGAAUAUCUCAUUUUAUUCAAUUUUGUCAGUUACUGGAUACUUGAAUUGAGCCACAGAAAUUAUUCUACUUUUUAUUUUUACGAUAAUGGAAAUAAAAGGGAACAAAUCAGUGAGAUGAUAUAGUAUAAACAUUUAAUUAUUGAAGUAUGACUGACGUGGUAGGGUUAGUUUGUGUGAUGGCUAUAUGAUUAUAAAUUAAGAAGUAAUGUCUGUAAUCUAUAAUUGCAGAAUGUUAAACAAAUUCUUGAUGUAAAGUGCCACUUACCAUACUUCUGUAGAGUGCAAAAUAUGAAAUAAUUUAAGAUGCUGAUUAUAAUG